AUGGGAGAACCCGACGACCCCUCUAUACGCAGCUUCAAGUCUAAGGCAGCAUCUGCGCUUGGCUUGGGACGCAAGACUGAGCGCGACGUCUUACCGACCCAUAGUCCCAACAACAACACCCAUCACUUUGUCCGAAAUGGCAGCAACCCACACAACCACAGCGACGUCAACAACGAGAAGUUCGCUGCCAAGGCUAGUCAUGGCACCAACACGCAUAAGGCCAACGCCAACGGCCCAGUCAAUACCGCAGCCAACGGAGAGACGCCUUCCGCCAUAGGAUCGGACAAGCUUCCGUUCUAUUCGCCAGUGCGCAUCAAGAACGGAAGUAUCCGAUUCAUCUCACACACCAAGAAUGCCAUCACCCAUAGCUGGAUUAACGUCCUGCUGGUCUUUGUGCCUCUCGGUAUCGCUGUCAAGCUUGCCGAAUUGAAGCCCGAGAUUGUAUUCUCCAUGAACGCCAUCGCCAUCAUUCCAUUGGCUGGCCUGCUCGCCCACGCGACCGAAGUCGUGGCUGCCCGCGUUGGAGACGCCCUCGGUGCACUGCUCAAUGUAUCCUUCGGAAACGCUGUCGAGUUGAUUCUCUUCAUCAUCCUGCUCGCCUCUGGCCAAAUCGAGGUCGUGCAGGCGUCUCUGCUUGGAUCCAUUCUCGCCAACCUGCUCCUUAUUCUGGGAAUGGCCUUCCUUCUUGGGGGUCUGAAGUAUCAGGAGCAGGUCUACAACAACACCGUCACUCAGAUGAGUGGCGUUAUGUUGGCGCUUGCCGUCAUGAGUCUUCUACUACCGACCGCAUUCCACGCCGCCUUUGAGGACAAUGCCAUCGCUGAUCAUGAGACCCUAGCCGUCAGUCGUGGCACUAGUAUCAUCUUGUUGCUUGUCUACGGCCUGUAUCUACUCUUUCAGCUCAAGAGUCACAGAUACCUCUACGCUAGCACGCCACAACACAUCAUCGAUGAGGAGUCGCACCCUGGUGUUCUCGCCGGUGCAUUCGACUCGUCCAGCUCGGAUUCGUCAUCCAGCUCCAGCUCCAGUGACAGCGACGGCUCUUCCAAAUCUGACGGCACCAUGAAGAGGAAGGCCAAGCGUAUGGUCAAAAGGCUGCGUCGCAAGUCUAGCUCCAGCUCCAAAGAUGGCAGUGGGCUUUCGGGCGUUAGCUCUCCAUCUGGCGAGCAUCACCAGAGUCCCUUCGAGACCGAGAGGGAGAGGACGAAUAGUGUAGUCACUGCCAAUACGACAACUAUUGUUCCCUCUCGUCGCCAUUCCUUUGACGUCAUGAGUGGCGAUGAAGCCGACAACGAUCAAUAUGCCCCCGUCGUUCGCGACUUUGAAGCCGCUUCCACGCAUACCUCGCAGUCGAAGACAAAGAAGGAGCGACGCAAGCAUAGGAAGAGCCACAAGGACCGCCGUAAUCGCAACCGCGUUGACACUAUCCCCGAGAAAGAGGUUGUUCCGGCUGAGCCGGCACCCAAGGUUGCCUUUGCUGAGGACAUCCAGCAAGGUACCAUCUCUCCGAUGAACGCACGCAAAUACAACCGCCCUGCCCUUCCAUCGCUGCUUUCCAACAAUGUCUUUUCCAAUCCUCAGAACCUGGCCCCGCUGGGUGGUCCAGCACCUAAUAUCCGCAUGGCAGCCCCGCGCGACAACACACCUCUACGUGCCGCUCCGCUCCGCCGCUCCAAGUCGCUGCCGGAUCAGAUUGGUCGCGCCCACCCCAUGAACAGUGCAGCCAAUGGUCCUACCGUCUCCUCCAAUGCAUCCAUGUCUCCCAAUGAGGAUGAUGAAGACGACGACACACCCAGUAUGUCUAUCAAGGCAGCCAUAUUCAUGCUCUUGAUUAGUACUGGUCUCGUCGCUGUUUGCGCUGAUUUUAUGAGUGAUGCCAUCGAACCCAUGGUGGAAACUUCUGGCAUCAGUCAAGCUUUCAUCGGUCUCAUUAUCCUACCUAUUGUCGGUAACGCUGCGGAGCACGUUACAGCCGUCUCUGUCGCCAUGAAGAACAAGAUGGACUUAGCUAUCGGUAUCGCUGUCGGUUCGUCUAUCCAAAUCGCCAUCUUCAUUACGCCUGUUAUCGUCAUCCUUGGCUGGGCCAUGGGCAAGGAGAUGACUCUUUACUUCAACAUCUUUGAAACAGUCGCAUUGUUUGUCACUGUCCUUGUAGUUAACUUCUUGGUGUUGGAUGGCCGCAGUAAUUACCUCGAAGGUAGUCUGCUCAUUGCAGCCUACAUCAUUAUCGCGUUGGCGAGUUUCUUCUACCCCGAUGGUUGCGAUGCUAGCGCUAUUGGCGGUAACGAGCAUCGCUGCACCAACGUCAACAACAAGCAGGUGGUAGACUUUGCUCAGGCCAUGGUGAAGAGAAUGAUCGCCAUGUAG